AUGGAAAAUGUUUUCCAUGACUACUAUUUCAGGAUCCAGCCAGAAGUCACCAUCAGUAAUCUUGCUGCCCUCAAACAGAGUGAAGAUGAACCUGCUCAAGACUUCAUAACCAGGUUCAGAAAGUUCAAAAUAAAGUGCCGAAUCCCUAUGGAAGAGAGGCACUUCAUCCAGAUGGCUCAAGCCGCCUUUAAAAUCUCUAUGAGGAAAAGAGUUGAUGGGAUGCUGUUUGGAGAUCUGGCAGAACUAGCAGAUAAAGCAUCUAAGUAUGAGGAGUUGCUUGAGGAAGAACAACAGAAGAGAAACUCUUCCAAAGGCACAUACUACAAAACCUCUUCCUCUUCAAUCCAUCUGGUUGAGGUGGAAUCAAAGGAAGACACAGAAGGCUCGGAGGAAAGAGAAAUUGCAGUGGCAGAAAUGGCAAAGUUGAAAUAUCCCAUAAGCUGCAAGGCACUUACAAAGCCACCAAAGGAUCAGAAGCCGCCACCAUUCACAGGAGGGUUUGUUCCAAACAAACCAGCACAGCACAAGGUCUAUUCCUUUGAUCUAACCCAGGUUUAUGCUUUGUUUGAUGAGAUGCUACUACAGAAGGCAAUAGAGACACCCCACAGGUUGCCCAAGCCAGAAGAACUUAAGGGCAAACAGUAUUGCAGGUGGCACAACUUUUGGAAUCAUUCCACCAAUAGUUGUGUUGUUUUCAGGGAUGUCAUACAGGAAGGAAUAACAGCAGGAAGGCUAAAACUGGCGGAGAAACCUCCAUCAGUUACAACAGAUCCCUUUCCCUAG